UUCAUCACUGUGUUGCCACUCUGAACCAUCUUCAGGCAGCAGCCACAUCUCCCAGCUUCGCUCCUCUGCAUCCCACCUUUACAGUGUAAUGAUCGACGUUUCAUGAGAGGCACCUCAAGGUGGGGCUAAAUUGUCUUAUAUUCCCAAUCAUGUCGCGUAGGCGGAGUCUGACUCUCACGCUCUUUGCUGUGCUGCCGCCUGCCCAGCCUGUACUGUACAUGACAAAACCAAGAGGAUGGAGUGAGUGAAAUAAAUCCACACUUCUUCAUUUCUCACAGCCACUUUUUUUUUGUAAUUUGCCAGGAAGAAGAAGGGAGUGUGUUUAGGAAGAAAACGUGUCCUAGUUAGUAGAAGAAAGCAGCAGCCUAUCUGUUUCUACGCACACCCUACUCCAGUGAAGGCAGGCAGCAGUUCAGAUCAGAUUUCACAUUCAGCUCCGACCAGCUGAGAGAGAGACAGCCAGAGGAGCAGGAGGACUCGUAUCUCCGCUUUCCCCCUCCGUUACCCCUCUCUGCGCGGCGUGCGCCACAAAAAAACCCUGUGAGGAAACCCGGGUGCGCGGCGCAAAUAUUAAAGCAACCACCGGGAUUCUUUCCCCUCUCCUUUUUUUUCUUUUUUAUGUAUUUUUGCAGGAUUUCAGCAGCGAGAGCGCCACAGAGAAUUAGAUAGAGCGAGAAGAAGAGAUGGACGAGCAGCCGAGGUUGAUGCACUCUCACACGGGGGUAGGCAUGGCAGGGCACCCCGGCCUGCCGCAGCAUAUGCAGGAAGGCAACGGAGGAACGGACGGCGACGGAAGAAAACAGGACAUUGGAGACAUUUUACAGCAAAUUAUGACCAUCACGGAUCAAAGUCUGGACGAAGCCCAAGCCAGGAAACACGCUCUGAACUGUCACAGAAUGAAGCCAGCUCUUUUCAAUGUCUUGUGUGAAAUCAAAGAAAAAACAGUGCUGAGUAUCCGCGGCGCCCAGGAGGAGGAGCCCCCGGAUCCUCAGCUCAUGCGGCUGGACAACAUGCUGCUGGCGGAGGGCGUGUCCGGUCCGGAGAAAGGCGGAGGCUCGGCAGCAGCGGCUGCUGCGGCGGCGGCCUCGGGAGGAGCCGGGGCAGAUAACUCCGCGGAGCAUUCUGACUACAGAGCCAAGCUGUCCCAGAUCAGACAGAUCUACCACACAGAGCUGGAGAAGUACGAACAGGUGAGAGCGUGUAACGAGUUCACCACCCACGUGAUGAACCUGUUGCGGGAGCAGUCGCGCACGCGGCCAAUUUCACCCAAAGAGAUCGAGCGCAUGGUGAACAUCAUCCACCGCAAGUUCAGCUCCAUCCAGAUGCAGCUCAAGCAGAGCACCUGCGAGGCCGUCAUGAUCCUGCGCUCCCGCUUCCUCGAUGCCAGACGGAAAAGACGAAACUUCAACAAGCAGGCGACAGAGAUCCUGAACGAGUAUUUCUACUCGCACCUCAGUAACCCUUACCCAAGCGAGGAGGCUAAAGAAGAGCUGGCAAAGAAGUGUGCCAUCACAGUGGCCCAGGUUUCCAACUGGUUUGGGAAUAAAAGAAUCAGAUACAAGAAAAACAUUGGUAAGUUCCAAGAAGAAGCCAACAUGUACGCUGCGAGAACUGCCGUGAAUGCGGCUAAUGCAUCCUCACAUGGAAGCCAAGCAAAUUCACCCUCAACUCCAAACUCUGCAGGUUCUGCUGGCUCUUUUAACAUGUCAAACUCCGGGGACUUAUUCAUGAGCGUGCAGUCUCUCAAUGGGGACUCGUACCAGGGGGCUCAGGUGGGAGCCAACGUGCAGUCACAGGUGGAUACCCUUCGCCAUGUUAUCAGUCAGACAGGCGGAUACAGUGAAGGACUCACAGCCAACCAGAUGUACAGUCCGCAGGGCAUCAAUGCAAACGGUGGCUGGCAGGAUGCUCCGACCCCCUCAUCAGUGACUUCACCCACAGAAGGACCCGGAAGCGUUCACUCUGACACCUCCAACUGAUCCUCCACCUUCCCCCUUCCCUCAGUCCUCUGCUACAUAACUUCCACCAUCACCACACCCCCCAGCCACUAUCUCCCAAAACUUAAGCUCAAACCCCAUCGGGACUGGACGUGACGUACUGCGGGACACAGUUGGGGAGUCUGGGGUGACAUUUUCAACUAUUACAGACAAAUAUUUCACUUUUCCUAUCUGGACCAUGGCGGCACCGUUGGCAGCCUGCAUAGGGGACUCAUAUCCACACUUCACAGUUUGUACAGUUUCCACUUGAUGUCCAUGUUGCCUCUUUGUAUUUCUCUUACAUUCUAUAUUCACACAGUCGGCACACAGUUAGCAGCAUAACGCCCCACGUCUUGUAAAUUGAAAUUCUUUCACACUACCUCUAUUCGAAAUAACAACAGAGAAAACAACAAAGGCUUCGGUUUUACAAAUUUUUAUAAUUAUUGGAAUUUUACUGUCCACCACGCCAUGCCCUGUCACACACACCCGUCUUUAUUACUGUGCUCACAGAUUCUGUUUAUCUGUAGUGCCAAAGUUCAACCCUGGAGGUGAAUUUUGAUAAUGUUACUUGUUUUUAUGUCAUGUCCUGAACCUUUCUCAUGCCAUACUGAAGUAUUAUUAUGUUAGUCCAGUCAUAUUAGUCAGGUAAUCCUCAAGUAUUCAGCCUUGAUUUAUAUAGUUUGUAUUCAGAACUUCUACAACAGACAAGGACAUAUAAGGCAUUUUAUAUUUUAUUGCCAGAGUGGUAGGUUUUCUGCUCAUAUGCAGUACAACAUUACAAAGAAUUCACAGUUUUUAACACAAGCAAUUAACAGCGUGACUUAGAAAGAGUUGAAGUUCUGUCACGCAUGUUGGCUGCAUCCGCAAUAUUCUACUGAAAAAUUGACCUUAGCAGCAAUUACAGCACGUCAGUAUGUAUCAAAGCACAAUAACUCCUAAAGAUUGAACUCAAAGGGUAACAUCUGUAAAUGUGGAAGACAAAACCAUUUAAAUAUAGUAGGCAUAUAUAGAGGGAAGAGAGUGUACAUACAGUACAUUAUCAGACAUCGUCAGUGUGUAUUAAUACAGCCAAAUACUGCUGGUAACCAAAUCUAAAACAGAAAUUGUAAUUCUGAUUUUAAGGUACCAUGUUGUUGGGAUUUAACACAUUGAAUUGACUUUUCAUAUAUGGAGUUAUGUUUGUGUCAUAAUGCUUAUAACUAUAACUCAUUUUCUGUCCUCAAAGUAUGCCAUUGAACGCAGAGGACUGUGGCACAAAUACAGCUCCAUGUGUUCAGUGCUGGAAAAAAAACCUGAUGUUGCUUGCCCUGUGCCCCCCCCCCCCUGUGCUCUGAUAAUGUUAGGGAGAACAUCUGGAAAGGAAACCAGUGUUUGUGUUUUCAGUCUUCAAAAGUCCAUUCAUCUUUGUCUUGUUUUAAAAUGACACUAAAAUGCCACAUUCAUCCACACAAACGAAUCCAAAAUGUGAAAUUUAAAUUUCUUGUAUGUACUGUAUAGUAUGUGGUCUAACAUGUAUACAUGAUUACAAUAGUCCUCAUGAGAUAUCAGCAUUUACAUACUUUGAUACCAAAAAAAAGGCAGAAUUUUUAUCCUCUACAUUGGGAUCAGCUUUAUCGACGUUUUCUUUUUCCUCUUUUUGUAGGAUUUUAUUAUCGACAGCACUAGCGAGCAUCUCAUAAUGUGCUCGUGUUCUGUAUUCAAAGCCAAAAACAUGCAGUUGGAAUACAGCAGUGUUUAUAUAAAUGAAAGUGGAAACAAAUACCCUGAUGGCACACAAAUCCAGAUAAUGUUUGGAUAUAUUUUUAUGUCUCCAUUUUGUGAAUAUCUCAUUUCUUUGUUGUUGUUUUCAUUUGAUAUUAUUUUGCUUUGCUACAGGACUAUGUUUCUUUUUUUAAUGCUACCAUUAUAUGUGAAUUAGCCCAAGAAUGCUCUAUAUACAGUAUGUAGAUAUGCACCUUUACUCUUCUUUUGCAUCUUUCAAUUUGGGCAGCAGCCAUUUUAACACCGCCUGACAGAGUUUCUGUUGGAUUUAAGGUCAAAUCCUGAUGAUUAUUUUGUACUCAGACCACCCAAACGAGCCUGCCUCCGAGAUGGCCGCUGUCUGAAUGAAGCUGACGUGAAAAGUUAGUGUUAACAUCGCCCCUCUGGCAUGGUUUUUAAACUUAAACACUUACAGCAAACAAAAUUCAAGCCUUCAGAUCUCAACCGGUCACAAUACAGCCUGAGAAACGCAGGUAUUUUUUAAGUCGUCAGUGUGUUUGUAUUUAUUACACAUGUAUGGAAUCUUGGAUACUGUCUGGAGGUCUACCACGGCAUGAUUACACCAAACAAACUCAUUUGGAUCAUCGGGAGCGCCUCCUCCUCCUCGACUCACCUGCUCAGUGUUACAGUGGAGAGGGGGCCGAGCACAGAACCUGCCUCAGUCGUGUCUUCUGAAGUCAUUGGAGUGAACUGACAGCACCGGCCAUGCAAGGCAAACACGAGGAUUGUUUUUUGCACCCCCUCCAAAAAAAAAAAGGCUUAACUCUACUUUUCACAUUGCCUGUCAAAUAUUAUCGAAGCUUCAUGUAAUGAUGCUUUUUAGUUUUUGAAUAUAAAAGGAAAAGAGACAUGAAAAGAAAAAUGAACAAUUUGUAAAACAUAAAAUGUUUUAUUUGUUGCAUGUCUUUUUGUUCUUCAAUAAAAUAACGUACUGCAGUGUUUUGAAUGUUAACUUUGUUUUUUAUAAGGAUUUCAGAGUGAAACCGUGGAGCCUUUUUCUUGACAGGUUUUAACUUUUAAGAUCUCUGCGUAUGUAAAAAGGUAUCAAAUGGAUUGUCUUUUUAAUUCCAAUUCAAAAACCUGUUUUCUGUGGAGAAAAUUAGCUGAAAGGUGUAGGUUUUAUGGUCUCUUAAUUUUUACUGGCAACGCGUAUCCCAAAUAAAUAGUUUCUUUUGUUGCAUAAA